AUGAUGUAGUCUCAGAAGUACAACAAUAACAAUGAUAGAUCGCAGAAUCAUAUAAAUUAGCAUGCCUUUGCUGUUUAUCAGCCUCCGUUCAAGGGGGCUUAAAGUCAGAAAUUAGAGUAACCUUCACCCAAAAAGAGUACUACUAUGAUUAAAAAUCUAAAUGAAUCCUCACCUUCAAUUGCCCAAGAACGAGAUUCAUUCUUGAUGAGAGAAAUUAUUCAGCCAAUGAGGAAUAAAGAGAUUUACAAAUCUCAAAUCUCUUCUUUUUCCAAUGAGAGUUUAUCCUCCCUCGAUGGUAAUGAGUCCUCUUCUAAUUGCUCUAAUUCAGCUACAAUUUUCGCUAUGAGUUAGGGAUAAAAUCAUUUGCACUUGUAAAAGUAAGAGUCAAUCGUUUCAAAUUAAAAAUCAAGUGGAGGCCCAAGUAGCGUAGCAAACAAUAAUAUCCAGCCUAAUGAUAGAGAGUAUGAAAGAUUUAUGCAGAGCCAGAUAGCAAGCUAAGAAUUGAUGAGAAACAAAGAAGCCACUCCUUCAAUACUUUUGGUCGAUAUGACUAGAAAGACAAACAAUAAUAAACCAUAGAAACUAAUGUAGUAAUAUAAUGUGUUAAUGGAUCAUGAAAUAAAAAAGUUUAGUUAGCUGAAAAGGGAUAAACAGACUACUCCAAUUCUUGCCCCUUCAUAAUGUGGACUUCUUGAAGAUAAGCCAAAAUAAACUAUGAAUGGUGGAAUCGGGAAUAGCUUAGCUAACAUGCAAAUAUAGACACCGGGGUUUAGAAAUGAAUCCUCUGAAAAAAAAUUCAUGAAAUAAAAAACACCUAAAACCUACGGUUAAAACAAUUACAGACUAAUGAUUGAUACAAUUAAUGACAAUAUGAGAAUUUAGUAAAUAUAAACACUCGACCCAGAAAGACAACCACAACAAUCAUAUUAGCCCUCUUAAUACACACAACAGAACUCUAAUUAUAACAUGAGCUCAAAACUUGAUUAGAGUAGCUAGUCCAAUGGUAGUAACCAAAUGGCAGUUAUGAAUGCUCUAAGUCAUCUCAGUAGGCACGGAGAAAGUGGAGGAUAUGUAUUUUCGCAUUAAAAAAGUUUGGUAGAAAAAUAGAUUCAAUGGAAAGAUAUUGAUUAGAGCGAGUACUUUGAAUUAAAAUCUCAAAGAAACUUUGGAAUUAAUGAUCAAAAUCUCACAGCCACUAAUCACAAUCAGCCUAUGAUUUAAAAACCUUUUAUCAGCAAGAAUGCUUCUUCGUUUGUGAAUCAGAUACAGUAAUUUGAUAACAGCAACAGCGUGAGUCCUGAUUAAAAAUUCUAGUCACAGUAAAAGAAUAAUAAAAAUCUUGAGCUUCCACAUACUUCAAAUGAUAUACACAGCAGUGGAGGAAAUAAUCAUAAUCGAAAGCCUACACCAAAAAAUCUAAUGAAAAAUUUCGAUAGAUCUAGACAACUUGACUAGUUCUAAGUGGAGAGUUAUAAUCUUUCAAGCAAUAGAAAUGGAUCGAUUAGAUCUGGUGGAUAAAGGAUUCCUACAUCUGCAAAACCUACACACAUCUCUUCAUCAUAGCUUUAAAGUCCUUAAAAAAUAGAUGAUAUAAAUAGAUCACAAAAAUAAAGCUAAAAUGCAUAGAGUCCUAAUUUUAAACUAACCAGAGAGAUGUCAAUUGAAGGAGCUACUAAGAGAUCACCAAAUCAAAAGGCAAACUAAGUUUACAAUUCAUCAGUUGUUAUAAAAAAUGGAUUUGAAAGGCAUUCUCCUACAAAUAUCAAGCCCUAUUCACCCUAUAAUUCUAGAUCUUAAAUUUAACCUAAAUUAUUGCAAGCAAAGAGCACAUCUUAAUCAGAAUUAAAGAAUUCAAGUAAAAAGGUCGAAUAGCCUCCUAAGCAAAGAGCUUAGGAUGUUAGAGAAUUAUCAGUUAAGAAAAGCUUGCUAGCUUAGGAUACCUAAAACUAGUAGACCAAUAGAGGCAGUAUCAAGCAAAAUAAAAAGGGAAGUCCUUUAGCAAACAUCCCCAUAAACAGAUAUAGCCCCAGAAGUAAUCAGAAAAGAGUGGGUUCUUUAGAUAUAAAUGGUGCUAGUGUAGGUCCUUAAAACUUUGUUCAUUAAUAUAAGAAUAAAAUAAUAAAUCAAAUGAAUGUCAAUGUCAAUUAAAAUCCCAACAACAUGAACCCAAAUAGCAAUCAGGCAAUCAGUCAUCUCAGCAACUUUUAAAUGAGUCUCUAAAAUAAUCAAAUGACUAUUCAAGAUUCGAUAAGGGAGUAAUAAAACCUAGCUAACAAGCCAAGAGAUGCAUAUAUGAGAGAAAAACAACUGCCCCUACCAUAUAUCCAUUACAACUUGGAGGAUGGUUCAAGUCUAGUAUAAGAUAGUCAUAGACUAAAUCAGAGAAAUUUAACUCAUAAAAAUCCUCAUAAUGAAGGCGGAAAUCAAACUAUUUAGAGUGAGAUAGCUGAGGAAGGUAGGUAUUCAAUCUUAGACAAGGUAGAAAUGAGUAAAAAGGAUAGUAAUAACUCUAAUGAGCAUGAUAAUAGUGGCUAGAGUGGAGGAUUUUUUAAUAAAGUAAAAAAUUUAUUUAGAAGAAAUACAUCUCUAUAAAAUAAUGGAGGUCAGGUAAAGUCAAUACAAAUAGACGAUGGAAAAAAAGAUUUUCAAACUGUCGGAGAUUCUUAGAUGAACAUGCGAAAUUACACCAACUUCAACGAUAUAUAUUCACCCAUCAUGAAUGAAAUUUCCCCAAAUAAAGAGACAUAGGAUGAUGAUCAGAGCAAUGAAGUCACGCAGAGAUUCUUACAACUAAAUUCAAGUACAGUUUAAGAAAAAACUGGAAGAUCCUUGUACUUUAAGCAAGAUCAAUCACAGCCAAUGUUCACAUGUAACUGUCCAAGAGAAGAAAAUGUAAACUUCGCUUGUAGUAAGGCUUUAAGCUGGCUUGAACUGUUGAACAAAGGUAAGGCAAAUGACAUUGAGAAGAUGAGAUCGCUUUACUUCCCAUUGAUAAGUUGUGAAGAAUGCAGUGAUUAUGAGGAUUAGAUAUUCAAGGACAUAAAUAGAACUUUUCCCAAGUGUUCUUAAUUUUAAGAUAUGCAAGGCUAAAACUAGCUCAAAAGAGUACUUCUCGCUUUUUCUAAGUAUGACUCCAACUUAGGUAAUAUAAUGCCAAAUAAAACUUUCAGGAUAUGUGUAGCCUUUUGGAUGUUCGUAACAUUGGUUGAAGAAUUUGAAUUGAGAGAUAUAUUCGAACCUAACUUGCCAGGCCUAUUCAAGCAUUGUUAUGUAAUAGAUAAGCUUAUUGAACAGCAUAUUAGAGAACUUCAUACUCAUUUUGUAAACUACAAUAUUUAAGUUGAAAUGUAUGCAUCAGAUUGGAUAGUGUGUCUGUUUUCUAAUAUUAUUCCCUUGCAAAUUAUGUCAGACUUUUAUGAUAAUUUCUUCUCUCAAGGCUGGCCAUACUUCUACAAAUUCUGCCUCUCUAUGCUUGAUGUCUUUAGAGAUAAACUCCUUAAAGAAGAUGAAUUUUCUGGUAUUCUCUAGCAUAUAAAGUUUAAAACCCCUGAAAAGAAUCCUUAUGAAUAUGAAAAUGCUGAAAUAGUGAGUGGAAAUAGCUCAAGCAUAAAAAAUUCUCCUAAUCCCUACUAAAAACAAAAUCAAUCCCACGAUUAGAUAUAAGGACAGAAUAAAUAGUAAUAGCCAUCCACAACAGUUAUGCAAAAGCCAUAGGGCCCUUUCUAAAAAUUUCUAAAUUUAAUUAUGCAAUAGAAAGAGGGGAUUUGGUAGAGAAUUUUCUAAAAAACAUAACACUGGAAAAUAACUGAAGACUAAAUCAAGUUUUACAUGGUUGAGCAUAAAUUGAAAAAGAGAUAAAUAGAGAAAAUGAAUAGUAGGAUCGAACAUACUCCACCUAAAAAAUAGAAGCGCGCGUUUUAAUUCAAAUAGUCAACUUCUUAAUCAUCCAUCCAAGCUGUUGCAGAUAAGUAAUAACAAAAUAAAUGA